AUGAUGUCUGGCGGCAUGCACCACCGAUUCCACCCAAAGUCCCGACGCGGGCACCCAGACCUCGAACCCGAUGUGCCCACUGUGCUUGCUCCCUCCGACACUGUCUCCAUGACUGGACGACCGACAGCAUCGGACGCCGCCAGACCCCUGAGUGUCCGCUCAAGACAGAGCGGCACGCCACGAUCCGAGCUAGAGGGGCAUCCUUCCCUUCCAGCCUCGGCCCCUGAAAUCUCGCAUCUCCCUGGGAUGUUUGCAUCCCCAGCCGUGCCGACGCGAGUGGGUUUAUCCCAGUUGGCACGAGACAGCCUGGCUCUGCCGGAGAAGCCGUCCUAUGGACGAGAGAACUCCUUGAUCGAUUUGGAUACUGCUGCUGAGAGCCAGUUCGAAGCUCAUCAGCACAGUGGAUCCACCGUUCCGGUGAUUCGUUCAUUGGUUAGUCAGGAUCAAUCUGUCAGCGACCGAGAAACCGUCGCUUCACAGACUUCCACAACCAUGUCGCGCGCCAUGCAAGGCAUGAGCGUCACGGAAUUGGUAAGCUUUGCGCGUCGCCACCAGGCUAUUGCGCAGGAAGCUUUAGCUGCGGCUGCAGAUCGUGAUCUUAGUUCACAGCGCAGUGAACAGGAUCCGUACGAUGGUAUCAAUUUCGCUCGUUUAGAUCAUGGAAUUACCAACUUUAAUGAACAAUUAGUGACUGGUGAGACGUUCCCUGCGAUGUCUUCGUCCUUCCCUCCCAUGUUCGAGUCGACCUACCUGUCCCCAGUCGGGGCCCGUCCUGCCUUCCCAUCGGGUACUGGUCCAUCAUACCCUUCGAAGGACAAGGGUCCUGAUCCUCGUAACUGGGGAGGUCUGUCGGACCGAUUCUCUGAGCAUGAUCUUGACACUCAGCGUGCUGCGUUCGCGAAUUUUGAUGAGAUCAGACGCAUGAAGCACGAGGACAGUUACUUGCCGCCGUCUGUCUCGGUUCGGCAUGACAGCCGCAGAUCUCCGACCACCAUCUUGUCGGAGCGGAAUUUGAAGAUGCAUAGUGUAAACGCCUCUGGGCACGAUGACCAGGGCGUUGAAGAACGUUUUGUGGACUUGCAGCGCCAAAUUGACAGCCUGCAUAGAGCUGUGACGGAAUCUCGGGCCUCAACGCCCGUUAAGAUGCUGAAUGCCGAGAACAAGCAAGGUGAAAGCUUGUCCCAGGCCCAGACCGCUGUGAAGAACAGCAUCGACCGUCAUAUCAGCAUUGGUGUGCCGCCGACGCACACCCAGACAGACGCACGUGAGAGGACUCCUGCAACUCGUACUGGGGCAGGAAGCUUCAUUGAGCGUGCGUUGCGCAACGUCGAUAGCUUUGGCGGACCCCCUCCAUCCGAGCCGCCGUCCAGCAAUCCCUCGGAUGUCGGAAGUCGGAGCCCGACACCAGUGCCACGUCGUUCCAGGCAAGGAGAGACUGUGAACGUCUCAGUAAACGAACCGAAAAUGAUCUUGAAGCCAAUUCCGCCGAAGGAGUACGACGGAUCUCCUAAUGCGGUAGCGUUCCACCGAUUUGUGAAAGAGGGAACAGCUUACCUAAAGCUCGGCCGCGUCCCCGCUGAUGAACGAGCGUUCUAUUUGUCGUAUUUCAUGUCUGGCCAUGCACGAGAGUUCUAUAACAGUCGCGUGGAAAAUGAUGAACAUACCUGGACGUUAUCAGACUUCUUCUGGGGUCUAUUCAACUUCUGUUUCCCUGUGAACUUCCGUGAGAAACAGCGCUCGAAGUUAAACGCGUGCAAGCAAGAUGACAAAUCUGUAUUGGUCCAUAAGGCCGAGUGGGAGCAGAUCUUCAAUACGAUCGGUCUGGAAGCAAACCAGGAGAAAGUCGUGAUGUUUUGUCGCAGCUUGAAGACGUCGAUUCGCAAGGAAAUGUUCCGCGCGAAUUUGGAUCCCGAAAUGUCGACUUGGGAUGAGGUUACUCGCGGUGCUGAAGCUGCUGAGGUAAUCGUGAAUCUUGACCUUGAGGAUGCCGACAGUGAUGAGACUGAGGCGCCGAAACCUCAGCCCAAGUGGAAGAAAGAAAACUUGGCUACGGAUUCAAACGAGAAGCGCCGCAACGGAGGGCGAGCUCUAUCGGUGUCAAGUGCUGCUGUCGAAACUCCAAAGAAGAACCAGCACGAAAAGACAUGGGAUUACGUGACGCGUGACGGCAAAAAGUUGUCUGCCAAGACUCGAGCUACGUACCUGAGCGAGGGACGCUGCUUCGAGUGUGGAGAACGCGGGCACUUGUCUCGAAACUGCCCCGAUGUGAGUGGAAUGAAGUCGGAGAAUCCCGGGAAACCGCCGGGUAUUGCUUCACACGCAAUCGAUAUCUCGCUUGCUGAGACCACUGAAACUGUGAAAGAAUCGUUUGAUGAUGAAUGA